AUGGGCAAGUAUAAAGGCUACCAUGAUACAAUUACAGCAUUAUACAAUCUUAAAACAACAAAUGAAGAAGAGUUAAGAAGAACAUACCAAAACAUCAAAAUAAAUUUAAUUGAUACUACAUUGCUCAAACCAAAUAGGAUUGUUAACAUUAUUUCAUCUAUUCCACUUUCAAAUUCUUAUCAAUACUAUUCGUAUUUGACAAUCCUCGAAAAAUUGAAUCAUGAAUAUCCAGGUAUUGAUCAAGAAAUAAUAAAUGAUUAUAAAAAAUGGAGCAACCAUUAUGAUCCUCUUAAUAAAAAUACUAUUUACAAAGCAAUAAUGAAUGAUGAUAUAAAGUCAUUUGUUUCAUUUACAGAGAGAGAAGGCUUUGAUCAAAGUCAUACGGAAUUGCAUUAUUUCACAUCAUCUGAUUAUAUAUUAUGCACAUUGAUGGAAUUUUGUUGUAUUCAUGGAGCUGUUAAUUGUUUUAAGUUCCUAAGAACAGAAUUUAAAUCAGUAAUCACCGAACAAUGUCUUGAACUCUCAUUUUUAAGCGGAAAUCUUGAUAUAAUGAAUGAAUGUUUGAAAGUACAAAGACCAAACCAAAAAUGUAUGAAAUAUGCUAUUAUUUCACAUAACAUUGAUUUUGUAACAUUUCUCAUGAAUGAAUACAAAGUAGAAAUUAAUUUAGAAUAUUGUGCUAUCCACAAUAAUAUUCAAGCAUUUUUAAUUUAUUUAGAUCAAACAAAGAAUAUGAAAAAAUGUUUUGUUUAUUCUCCUUUGUUUGCUAUGAGUUCACUUUGUGAAUAUUUUAUCUCAAAUGGAAUUGAUGUCAAUGCUCAAGAUAAUUUGGGAUGUACAGCUCUUCAUUAUGCAGCCAGCGAAAAUAUUUUCGAAUCUGAAAAAUAUUUAAUUGCGCAUGGAGCCGAUGCUAACCUUACAAAUGAACAGGGAAAAAAUGCUCUCCAUGCUGUAGCAGAAAAUAAAUGUAAAAAUGUUCUAAAAUGUCUUAUUUCAAAAAUCAAAAACAUCAAUUCAAAAGAUAGCAAGGGAUUGACCGCACUUCAUUAUUCUGCAGAAAAUGGAUUAAUGAAUACUACCAAAAUGCUAAUUAGAUAUGGUGCCGAUAUAAAUAUGAAAGACAAUGAUGGAAAUACUCCUCUGUACUAUGCAGUAAAAUCAUAUAAUUGCGAUGUUGUGAAAUAUCUUAUCUCAAAAGGAGCAAAUUUAAAUUCUAAAAAUAAUCAAAACAAAACUGUUCUUCAUACAUCAAUUGAAAAAUUUUUAUAUUCAAUGGUUGUCAUUCUAGUUUCAUAUGGCAUAGAUUUGGAUUCUCAAGAAUUUCCUUAUCUUAACUAUACUUUUGAAUAUUAUUGUAAAGAAGUUGUUAUGUUUCUAAUUUCACAUGGUGUUCCCAUUAAUCAACAGGACAGAAAUGGAGAAACUGCUCUUCAUUAUGCAGUAAUGAAAAAUAAAGGAGAAAUAGUAGAGUUCAUGAUUUCAAACGGUGCAGAUGUUAAUGCAAAAAAUGACACUUCAAUUACACCUCUUAUGUAUGCUUCAUUUGCUGGUAACAAAGAAAUUAUGGAAAUCCUCAUAACAAAUGGGGCUGAUGUAAAUCUCCCCGGUCUAAAUGGGGCUACUCCUUUGUUUUCAGCAACUAUAUGUGAUUCAAUAGAAAUUACAGAAUUGCUUCUUACUUAUGGUGCCGAUAUAAAUACAAAAAAUAAUGGUGGACAAACUCCUAUUUUUUAUGCAAUAAAACACAACACUGUAAGAUAUUUGGAAUUUCUUUUAACACAUGGUGCAAAAAUCGAUGAAAAGGAUUAUGCAAAUACAACACCUCUUCUCAUUGCAGCGAAAAAUUGUAAUACUGAUGCAUUUCAAUGGCUUGUCACUCAUGGAGCGGACAUUAAUGCCAGGGAUAAGAACAAGAAAACUGCGCUUCACUAUGCCAUAAAUAAAAAUGGAAAUGAAAUUGUCCAAUUUCUUAUUGCACAAGGCCUAAAUGUCAAUGAAAGAGAUAUAGAAGGAAAAACUCCACUUCAUAUAGCAGCAGGUAAAAAUUUGGAAGAAAUUGUAAAUUUACUUCUUUUAAAUAAUGCUAAUCCAAAUAUCGAAGAUAAUGAUGGUUGGACUCCCCUCAAUUAUACAGUUCUGAGCAAUAAUGUCAACAUUGGCAAUCUUCUACUAUCAUUUGGAGCAAACAUUAAUUCAAGAGAUCAUUUCGGUCUACCUCCUUUGUAUUAUGCAAUGUUAAAUGGAUCAAAAGAAAUGAUUGAAUUUCUUAAGUCUUAUGAUUCUGAAAAACCAUCAUUUUUGAAAUUUCAAAAAGAAAAGGAUACUUUGCUAUCAGAGGGGAAAAAUGAUAUCAUAUUUUGCACAACUCACAAUUUAAAGUGUAUUUCCUUAAUAUAUUCAAAAUUGAAAGCUUCUUUAUUUAUUUUAUUUUUAUAA